UUUAAUGUGCCAAUCAUUUACUUCUGUGCCAAAAACUUAUAUCAGAGCAGCCGAUGAAUUACUUCCCCUUUCACAUGCCAGUCGUCUAGCUAGUCUCCCCAGCCUUUCCCCUCUUCCAUUUUCUCAUCGCCACCCUUCCCUAGCAUUAACAACCGGUGCCGGUUCAUCUUCACAUCCUUCUCGAUUUUCGCCUUUAGAACCUCAACGGCCUCCUAGAGCAAUUCCCCAGUCCCUAACAAAAGCAUUGCCUAAAAGACAAGGAAGGAUGACGACAGAAAAAAAUUUGGACGAAUUAGCCCCCCUCGGUAAUGAAUGGGAAAAAUCACAGCCUGGAACUGGGAUUUGUGGAAAAUGUGUUCUUUGUUUACUACUUAAUGCUGUGUUUGUUUUGGCCCUUUUCCUGGCUUUUCUGAUUGGACAUUUUGCGUCUGAAGCACAUUUACCUUCAAAUAAUAAAACUGACAACUUAACUUUAAAUAAUUUAUUACUAACCUCUAAUAAUGCUUCUAUUGGUAAACUUAAUCAAACAGCUUCAACUUUACAAAAUCAGACGGAAAUAAAACAAAAGAAUGUAGAAUUUGUGAAGGUAGAAUUUGCUUUGAAUACAGUCGGACCUCCGUAUAAGGUACCCUCCUGGGCUGGAAAUAGUCUCUUACAACGAGGUGUAAUUUAAAUAG